UCGUUACCUUCAUCUUCCUCCUGGACUUGGUUGAGGGGCACGUGCACGCCUGAGAAUAUUAAGCUGUUGUCCAAGGGUCUCUCACUCGCUGGCUACUUCUUGAAGAUCAGGGAGCGCUAGUUGCUCUAAGCAAGGACAAGGAAGAUCUAUCUCUCAUCACUCUAGCUGAUUCAACCUCAAGCAAAUGGAGGGGGUUUUGUCGGCUUUGACAUCCUAUGUCGUCAAUAUGAUCGCCGAUAUGACCAAAGAAGAGGUGGCCAAGCUGAUCGGAGUUUCCGGCAAGAUCGACAAACUGAGUCUCACACUCACGGACCUCAAGAAAUUCCUUUCAGAUUCCGAAAGAAAGAUCAUCACCGACGAGCGUGUGCAGGGUUGGUUAGUGGAACUGAAGCACACAAUGUACGAAGUCACCAACAUCCUCGACCUAUGUCAGCUCAAGGUCAUGGAGCAGGGUCCAUCCAAGGACAUGGGGUGCCUUAACCCCCUGCUCUUCUGCAUGCGUAAUCCUCUCCAUGCCCACAACAUUGGCAGCCGCAUCCAAGCGCUCAACGAGAAGCUGGAUGGACUCUCCGAGAGGGCUCUUACUUUCAGUUUUAUCAAGCUGGAAGUUUACCAAGACCGGAAUACGACCCACCCUCUGCUUGUUGAUCGCAAGACCGAUCCGCUGCUGGAGCGGUCUGCCGUGGUUGGAGAGAAGAUCAAAGACGACACAAGAGCAAUUAUCCAGCUGCUCACGAAGGAGGUCACUGAGAAGAGUGAUACCAGCAUGGUGGUUGCCAUUGUUGGUGUUGGUGGGAUCGGCAAGACCAUCCUCAGCAAGAACGUCUUCAACGACGAGGUCAUCCAAGGCAAGUUUGCCAAGAAGAUAUGGUUGAGUAUCACACAGGAGUUCAAUGGGGCUGAGCUACUGAGGACGGCCAUCAUCACUGCUGCCGACGGAAAACUUCCUGAAUCUGUAAGAAUCUCUCAAGAUAAAGCUGUACUUGGGCCAGAACUUGUGAGUGUCAUCAGGGACAAGAAGUUCUUUCUUGUGUUGGAUGACAUGUGGGAUACCAGUGUAUGGAACAACCUGCUAAGCGCUCCUUUUAGCCACGGCGCCGCUGGUAGCCAAGUCCUCAUCACCACCAGAUAUGAUGCAGUUGCACGAGGCAUGAGGGCAGUGCAACCGUAUCACCAUGUCAGCAAAUUAGGGCCUGAAGAUGGCUGGUUGUUGCUCACAAAGCAGGUACUCGGAAUGGAGAAAAGUGAUCCCGCGAUUGAUAUGCUAAAAGAUAUUGGACUGCAAAUUAUAGAAAAAUGUGAUGGAUUACCACUUGCCAUAAAAGUGAUGGGAGGACUCUUAUGUCAGAAGGGGAAAGAACGUCGUGAUUGGGAAAAGUUUCUACAUGAUGCUAUAUGGUCAGUCUCUCGGAUGCCGGAAGAGCUAAACUAUGCAAUAUAUCUUAGCUAUGAGGACUUGUCUCCUUGUUUAAAGCAAUGCUUUCUGCACUUCUCCCUAAAGCCUAAAAACAAACAAUUAGAUAAUAUGCAACUUGUUAGCAUGUGGAUUGCUGAAGGGUUUAUUCAUGGGGACUCUGAUAUAUUGGAGGAAUUAGGAAACGAGUACUAUAAAGAGCUAAUAUCAAGGAACCUUAUAGAGUUGGAUACAUCAUGUAUCGGCGAAUAUAUUUGCAACAUGCAUGAUGUUGUUUGUUCAUUUGCUCAUUUUAUGACUAAAGAUGAAGCACUAGUAGCUCACAACGGAGAAGCUAUUAGUAAACAUAGUUUGCAAAGGUUUCUUAGGUUAUCUAUAAAAACCCAGGGAGUAGAAUCAGAUGAAUUUGAAUGGAGAAAUUUACAAGAUCAGAAAUCGUUAAGAUUCAUAAUAUUUAUUGGGAAUUUGAAGAUUCAGCCUGGUGAUUCCUUGGUUAGCUUUUCUAGUCUACGGACUCUACAUGUAGAAUCAUCAAAUUUUGGCUUGUUGGUUGAAUCCCUGUGUCAGCUCAAACAUUUGAGGUAUUUGACAGUAGAAGGAUGCAAUGAUAUAGAAAGCCUGCCAGAGAACCUUCACGAGAUGAAAUUCUUGCAACAUAUUAGUCUUGAUGGUUGUAAGAAUAUCGUCAAACUUCCUGAUAGUACUGUAAAGUUACGAGAACUGAGAUAUCUUGACAUGGAUGGCACAUGUGUAAAAAGUAUGCCUAGGGAUUUUCGUGCUCUAACAAAUUUGAGGACACUAUAUGGGUUUCUUGCCCACAUGGAUGGUGAUUGGUGCAGUUUGGAAGAGCUUGGGCCUCUUUCCCAGCUUAGGGUGAUUGGAUUAGUGGGUCUGGAGAAUGUAUCUAAUGCCUCAUUCGCGGCAAAGGUUAGGCUUGGUGCGAAGGUGCAUCUUUCUGUGAUGAUCUUAUACUGUAGAAGUAGACUACAGGAUGAUGGAUUGGUCAAACAUGGAGCCUCUGAGAAGGAUCAAGGAAUACUUAAAGAGGUGUUUGAUAAGCUCUGUCCUCCGUCUUGUAUAGAAGAUAUUCGCAUACAUGGAUAUUUUGGGCGUCAGCUCCCAAGAUGGAUAAUGUCCACAGCACCGGCGCCCCUCAAGAGCUUGAAGAUACUAAUAAUAGAGAACCUGGUUUGCUGUACCCAACUCCCUAAUGGUCUGUGUCAGCUCCCAUGCUUGGAGUUUCUAAAGUUCAGUUGUGCUCCAGCAAUAAAGUGUGUUGGCCCUGAAUUCGUGCAGUCCUACGGGCAACGUCACCAUACUUCAUCCCAGCCGGCAGCUAUGUUUCCAAGACUGUACGAAAUGAUCUUAUCUGAACUGUUGGAAUGGGAGGAGUGGGAAUGGGAGGAGGAAAUGAAAGCUAUGCCCCUAUUGGAAAAACUCCAUAUUGAAGAUUGCAAAUUGAGGUGUAUUCCACCUGGCCUUGCUUUCCAUGCAAGUUAUUUGAAAACAUUAACCUUAUACAAACUCCAGCGCCUCGAAUCUAUUGAGAACUUUGUUUCUGUAGUUGAGCUUGACCUUUUUGAAUUACCAGAGCUGACUAGGAUCUCCAAUUUUCCCAAGUUGGAAAAGCUUGAGAUCAGCUGCUGCGAAAAGCUCGAGUCGCUGCAGGAGAUGACUGCACUCCGCGAACUUGAGCUGUGCUAUGGAGAGAAAGAACUCCCACUUUACCUGCAUACUGUCAAGCCAAGCUAUUUGCUGCUGUACUGCAGAGCAGAGAUACUCACUUCCAUGGCUGCUGGAGAAUCUGGCCCUGAGUGGGACAAGUUCAGCCAUAUCCAGCAUGUCGAGGCUUAUGCAGAUGAUGACAACAAUAGAAUGCACCUGUCUUACACAAGCAAACCCUACAAGAUGGAUACAAAGAUCGAGCCAAAUCUGCAGGAUGACGGUGAGGGGGGUGAAGAGGAUUAAAAUGAAGAGAAGUAGGCCGUAACUUGUCAAGAGGAAGUAGUAGUGACAAGAAUAUCUGAGGAUGCGAUGCAAAUGCAAUACAAGGAUAUGCGGCUUUACUUUCUUCGUCUGGCCCAUUUUAACGCCAAGUGUGCAUCCGUGCAACCUCCGUGUGCAGGCAGGGGAAUUAACUUUCCUUUUCGAAAAACAAAAAUGCAACUUCGGUGAUGUGAUGAGGAGUUGUACGCCAAGUUGCACCUGUACUCCAUAUGUAGUGGUUGUACAGCUACAUCUUUGAUAGCCAGAUUGUGGAGAUGCUCGCUGGCAAGAAAACUAGGAUGUAAAAUGUGAAGCUUACAGCAUAGCCAGAAGAAUUGAAUUUAGAUUCCACAUUGAUUUGUAACCGAAUAUCAUAGAAAUUCAUAAAGGGGAGAAGGAGAAGACGGGGCAGACGACAGACUGUUAUUAUGCAGAGUCGCUGACCUUGCUGCGUAAGAGGUUCUCAAGUGUUCUUCACACUAACUAGGUCAUCGCCUAUUUAUAAGGAGGACAUUAUAAUUCUGGAUAUUUUCUCCUAACAUGGGUGGCAGCGUGACCUUCAGCUAGACCCUCCUAGCUAGUCUUUGUUACUGUUCUUUGGAUUGUGUUUUUUUUUUAUCUUUGAACCCUUUUGUGGUUUUGUAACGAAUUUGUGUGCGGCUGUGUGCAUCUCAGUUAUGCAGA